GCAUGGUGGCAGUGUUGUACCACAGGCCUUUGAAGGUCAAACCAAUACAGGACGUGACGUAUUCUCCUUUCCUCUGUUAGUUCAAAUACUGCAGCGCGGAUCAGUCGCCGAUUUUGUGCUGUAUAUCUGGGCAUAAUGGAGUUUGACGACAGUCUCCUAGUAGAGCGAAUCGAUGAUUUAGAGACGAUUACGACAUUAGAACCGGAACAUUUAAUGACCUUUCACUGUGUGCAGUGUAACACGGUUCUGGCGGACUCUUUAGGGGUGUGCGGAGAGCUGAAAUGCAUCGACUCCGUCAUGUGCAUGCGAGUAACCAAUGACGUGGUUGUGAGUGGCGCUCUGGAGUCACUUCACCAAGGGGAACUGGCUAACUGCAUUUGCUCCAAUCUAAAAUGCCGUGCGUGCAACAGUGUCGUGGGGAAACGCAUUCACGCUGCUCCUUCGCAUCUGGCUGCUGUUCGCUCCGUCUUUCUCCUGAACAAAGCCAGAAUGAGCUGUUACAUUCUGGACAGCAGCUCAAUGGUGAAGGCAUCAUCUCUCUCGUUUGAGCUGAAGCCUCUUCAGGAAACUGUUGAAGAGGCAAGGCAGGAGUGUGAAGAACAGCUGGAUCAGAUGGCACACACACUGGCUGACAUGAGCAUGAACAUCAGCAGUCGAAGCAGGAAGUGGUGUUCGUAAGAUGUUUGGAGUUUGGGCUGUAUGUGUGUGUGGACUUGUUCUGUUGUUGAUGUUCCAGCAUUUAGCUUCUUUUUUUAAAAUCAUCAUUCUGGAUGCUGUUAGGCUGCGCAUGUUCUUUUUAAAAAAAAAAUUUUAAAAGCAGAUAACGUACCUUUCUUUGUAUUAAACUGAUGAAUCUUUUUUAAUUAAUUUUUCACUCAAGUUCUGCUACACUUAUUUGUACAUUAUAUAUGUUUUUGUGUUUUUUUACAAUAAAUUUGAGUUUGAUA